CAUUUAUACAUUAUAAUUAAAUUAUCAAAACUAAAUUACAAUGUCCAACACAUUUAUAACAUACACAAAUAUGACUGAAUUAAAAGAACGUGUUCUCUUAAAUAUCAUUUUAGAUUCAUCUGUUCUACCAAUUUGUUUCAGUGGACAAUUAAUUCAUGGUUACGUUUGUCUAGAGACUAAAGAUACUUUAAGUGUUCAAAUUUUACAAAUAGAACUACUUGGAAGAGGAGUUGUUGUUGCACCACAAACUAAGAUAUUCUCUUCAAAGAAUUUCAUAAAAGGUUGGACAAAAGAGAGAAAAGCUCUACAACGAAAUUUUUCAUCUUAUCAAGGCGUAGGUUGCGUUAUAUCCGGUAUACAUGGACCAGUAGAUCCUGAAAUACUACAAACACGUCUAAAAUGUAAAUCGAUGAAAGGAUUCGAUAAACUUAUACCAGCAUUUCAAACGGUUAACGAGGAAAUCUACUGUUUCAUGAAUUCAACUUUAAUCGGAAGAGGUAUCCCUGGAAGUUGUGAACUUGUUUUCACUGGUAAACGAUACUAUCCUUUUGAAUUUGAAUUACCUUCAGCUUGCCCAUGUUCAUUUGUUGGUUCUAGAGGUAGUAUUGAAUACAGGUUACGAGUUAAUCUAUUACUUACGAAUGGUGAACAAUUAUGUAUGGAUAAAGGAUUAAAAGUUCUGCGUAAAACAAUCAUUAACGAAGUGACGGUGGUUCCAAGUACACUAGCUUGUCCUCCAAUUACCAGAAAUUACGUCAGUAGCUUUGAUCAGUUCAUAUCAUCUGGUAACAACACAGUAAAAUGUACAACCUUAUCAAGAACAAAUUCAAGAUUAUCAAAUUUACAUAAAAAUGAAUUUGAAAAUAUUCUAUAUGAAUACGAUAACAGUAAUCAUAAGUUGACUGAGAAAAAUUCACUGUUAGAUUCUACUUGUACAAAUGAAUACAUCCCAGAUCGUUUAUCGUUUUUAGGUCAGAGUGCCCACUCUAACACUGAUUUAGAUGAUACAACUAAAUUAACUAAAUAUUCAUCGAGUUUUUGUUUAGAUGAUUCACAUCAAAGUAAUCCAUAUUUAAAUUCUAUGCAAUCAACAGACAAUAAGAACCAAACUCAAAACGAUGAAAAUAAUCGAAUUCACCAAAGUAUGCAAUCAAUGAGUAAACUUCAUUUCAAUCGUACAAACAAAAUGAAAAAAGGUUUCUAUAAAUCACCAAGUAAAACAACAUUAACUGUACAACGAUGUAGUGAUAAUCCAUAUCCAUUACCGUCUACGUGGAUUUCUCAAUCGUAUGGUUCAGUUUAUGCAACAUAUCCACGUACAUGUCUUGGCGCACAAACAGGUUAUCCAAUUUCGUGCAGAUUAACUGUCAGUCAACGUCAACUUAAUCCAGGCAAUCGAUUGACCGCAUGUUUAAGUUUACUUGUGGAAGAUCCUUUCGCACUCCUACUAACUCCAUCAUUGAACGGUUUGCCUAAUGAUUUGAACUGGUGUGCAAAAUUUAAAGCAAAUAUCAGUUCAUGUAGAAAAAAUUUAUGGAGUCCUUUAGCAAGGGCAUUUGUUUCAUAUUAUUUAGAAGAUUGUAUACGACAAAAGCUUCGUUACGAGAAUCCACGACGUAAUAGUGCAUGGUGGUCAGGAUUUCUCAAAAAACCACACAGAAUAUUUUUAGUUUUACGCCAGGUAAUAUCUUAUCGAGACUGGACUCAUCAUGUUAUUGCCCAAGAAGAAAGAGAUGUUUAUAAAGGAGAAAUGAAAAAACGUCCUACAUCUGAAAAACAUUUAUUACGAGUUGUAUUAGAGCAUACAUUUCAUAUUCCUUCAUUACCUCCGACAGGUUUAGAAGGUUCUUCAUGUAUAGAUAUUGCAUAUAGUCUAGGAUUGGUUAGUUUCAAACUAAAGAAACUAAAACAUCCAUUGAAUUUUACUCAAUGGAUUUUAGAGAAUGAUGUCUCUCCAGUUAUACCAGAUAGAUUCACGGAAUUCGUUUAUAUGCAUGAUAUAUGUAGAAGUAGCACUAAUACAUAUGAAUUAAUGUUGAAAAAACCUCAAAUUAUUACAUUCCAACAAUGCAAGCGCGGUAAAGAGAAAGAGGUUAAACGUUUCGCUCGUAUUCAUCGUGAUCUUUCACUGCCUAUUUCGAUUAUUAUUGGAACAACCGACCGACAAAUUGGGUCUCACAAUCUAACGGAAUCCCAAGAAACUGUAUGUCCGUUAAUGGGUUCAGUAUUUUUUAUGCAGUGGCCAAACAGCUAUCAAAUUGGAAGUCUACCACCAAUAUAUCAAUAUUCAACAGCUUAUUCAGAAACUCAUCAAGAUGGUAGCAUUCACAAUGAUUAUGUAAGUCAACUAUCAAAUACAAUCCAGACGCAAUCACGAAAUGAAACUGUUAAAUUGAGGAAAAGCAAUACCAUAAGCUUCUCAGAUAAAAAACAAAUAAUUUACGAUGAAGAUGACAGUGCUGAAAACUCUUUGCUUGCCAAUAAAAUGCAUACUUCUUGUAAACUUUGUCAACCAGUAGAAAAGUGCAAACCGGAAGAUAAUAAUUCAGAAAUUAUAUUAUUUCCAAGUCUCAUUUAGAAUGAAGUAAAGAAAUCAGUUUUUGAAUCCACUUAUAAUCAUUCAAACAAAUACUAGCAAUAAAAUUAAUUAAUAUAAAAAAGUGAUUCGAAGAAAUGUUCAUUCCUUCAAAUAACAUGAGCAAUUCAUGCUCUAAAUUAUUGUUUAAAUCAUAUUUAU